AUGGCUGUGGAAGGUGCCGCCGACCAGCAGCAGUUGACCGAUCCGGCGGCGUCCCCCGGCCGGGCUUCGCCGUCGUUCCGCCUCCGCACCGAGAGCCUCAACACGCUCCGCCUCCGCCGCGUCUUCGACCUCUUCGACUACAACGGCGACGGCGAGAUCACGGUGGAGGAGAUCGAGCUCGCCCUCGACCGCCUCGGCCUCGGCUCCGACCCCGCCGAGAUCCGAUCCACCGUCGAGGCCUACGUCGCCCCCGGCCGCGCCGGGCUCGCCUUCGCCGACUUCGAGGCCCUCCACCGCGCGCUCGGAGACGCCCUCUUCGGCGGCCCGCCGGCGGCCGCGGAGAAGGAGGAGGAAGAAGAGGAGGACAUGCGGGAGGCUUUCCGCGUGUUCGACGAGGACGGCGACGGGUUCAUCUCCGCGGCGGAGCUACAGGCGGUGCUCUCCAAGCUAGGGCUUCCGGAGGGGCGCAGCAUCGCGCGGGUUCAAGAGAUGAUUGGCUCCGUCGACCGGAACGCCGACGGCCAGGUGGACUUCGGCGAGUUCAAGCGCAUGAUGCAAGGGAUCACCGUUUGGGGCGCCUGAUCAACGGCCCAUGAUCCACGGGAUCGAUUAACCCUUUAUUUUGCAAUUCGCUACAACUUUUUUUUAUUUUCCUUUCAAUUUCCCCCUUUUUUUGGUUUUAAUCGGGGCGUGUGAUAUUUAUUUCUUAACUUUGAGUGGGUUUUGAGUAA